ACCUCAAGCAAAACCCGGUCAAAUCAAAUAGCCAACCUCCCCUUAAAUCUUCUUUCCUUCUUGCCAAGACAAUAAGACAUAUAUAUACCCCUCUCUGUUCCCUCUAUCUGAUAAUUCAGUUCAUUAAAUUUAGCUUGACAAAAAAAUAAAUAGCCCCAGCAGAAUGAAGUUUUCUUGUAUAUGCUCUACUUCAGAUGUCGCAGAAGAUAUUGCUCCCAGCACAAACACUCAAAAAGGUGAUCAAGAAUUUCGGUUGUUCUCUUACAAUGAGCUGAAAGCUGCUACUGCUGCUUUUAAAUCAUCUAACAAGAUUGGACAGGGAGGAUACGGGUCUGUUUAUAAGGGGCAUCUUAAGGAUGGUAGUGUUGUCGCCAUUAAAGUUUUGUCUAUCGAACGUGAGUCGAUGAGAGGAGAAAGAGAAUUCAUAUCGGAGUUGACUGCAUUGUCGGAUGCUAGACAUGAAAAUCUUGUUAGGCUCCUAGGAUGCUGUGUUGAGGGAGCUUCAAGAUAUUUAAUAUAUGAUUACAUGGAAAAUAAUAGCAUUACUCAUACUUUUCUUGGAAGAGACAUAUACAGAAGUAGCUUUAGUUGGACACGAAGAAGGGAGAUUUCUUUAGGAAUUGCCAGGGGACUGGUUUAUCUCCACGAAGAAAUUACUCCGCAUAUUGUUCAUCGUGAUAUUAAGGCUAGAAAUAUACUACUUGAUCGGAAUUUUGUUCCAAAAGUUGCUGAUUUUGGACUGGCAAGGCUGUUCAGAGAUGACAGCACUCACAUUAGUACUCGUGUUGCUGGGACAUUAGGCUACCUUUCUCCCGAAUAUGCCAUUAGUGGACGUUUGACACGCAAGUCGGAUAUUUAUAGCUAUGGAGUACUACUCUUGGAAAUUGUCAGUGGCAGGUCAGUUGUUGCGUUUGACAUGGAACGUGGAGAGCAGUUCUUAGUUGAUAAGGCAUGGGAAAUGUACAAUGCCGAUGAACUUGUGCAACUAGUAGACCCCGAACUAAAAGGAGAUUUUUUAGAAGAAGAGGCUGUUAGGUUCAUGAAAGUUGGUCUGCUCUGCGUUCAAGAAACCAGCAAGCUCCGGCCUCGUAUGUCUUCAGUCAUCAAGAUGCUGAAUAAUGAGAUUAAAAUAGAACAGUCCAAGAUAUCGCAACCAGGGUUCGUGGCCGAUCUCAUGGACGUUAAAGUAGGAUCAGGUCAUACAAACUCUUCCCACGGUUUUUCUCCUCUAUGAGUGUCCAUUCAUCUCUUAGGCACCAUUUUUUUGGCAAAAUAUUAGGCACUAAUUUUUGAUCAACUUUGUUAGAACCACUUGUACAAAGAUUGAGUGACAUCGAUUUCUGACAAAUGAAUAGAAAAUCUGUAAGAUUGGCAAU